GUUGUCUGUUCAGUAGGCUCGUCCCGACACUGCUUUGGCAGUUAGCCUUGCUACGAUAGGCAGUCAUACCUUCUCUUCAACAACUUUGGACUAUUUUAGGUCUAUUUCACUGUAGACUGUACCUUUCAUCUACCUGCCUCCCAGUCACUCGCUCAGGGUCAGAGUUCAAUCCGAGCCACAGCAACAUGUCCGCCCCACCACAUCCGCACCCCCCUGCUAAGGGGGCAUCAAAUGGCGCUGGCGACUUCAGCUACGUGGGUAUCGACGCCAUCCUGGAGCAGAUGAGGAGGAAGGCCAUGAAACAGGGCUUUGAGCUCAACAUCAUGAUUGUCGGUCAGAGUGGGCUGGGGAAGUCGACCCUGAUGAACACCCUGUUCAAGUCUAAGGUCAGCAGGAAGUCUGUGGUAUCCACCCCCGAGGAGAGGAUCCCCAAGACCAUCGAGAUCAAGUCCAUCAGUCACGACAUCGAAGAGAAGGGCGUGAGGAUGAAACUAACGGUAAUCGACACUCCCGGCUUUGGGGACCACAUCAACAACGAGAACUGCUGGCAGCCAAUCAUGAAGUUCAUCAACGACCAGUAUGAGCAGUACCUGCAGGAAGAGAUCAACAUCAACAGGAAGAAGAGGAUCCCAGACUCACGGGUUCACUGCUGCAUGUACUUCAUACCACCUACUGGACACUGUCUGAGGCCCCUGGAUGUGGAGUUUAUGAGUCGUCUGAGUAAAGUGGUCAACAUAGUCCCUGUCAUCGCUAAGGCAGACACACUCACCCUGGAAGAGAGGGACUUCUUCAAACAAACGAUCAGGGAAGAGCUGCGAGCCAACGGGAUCGACGUCUACCCUCAGAAGGAGUUUGACGAGGACGCUGACGACAGGAUGACCAAUGAUAAGAUCAGGGAGAUGAUCCCAUUUGCUGUGGUGGGGAGCGACCAGGAGUACCAGGUCAAUGGAAAGAAGCUUCUGGGCAGAAAAACAAAGUGGGGCACCAUAGAAGUUGAGAACAUUGCACACUGCGAGUUUGCCUAUCUGCGAGACCUUCUCAUCAGGACCCACAUGCAGAACAUCAAGGACAUCACCAGUAGCAUCCACUAUGAGGUGUACCGCGUCCGCAGGCUGAAUGAGACCAACGCCCAGCCCAAUGGCCAGCCACUCAACACACUGGUCAACCCACAGCCACAGCAGGCCAAUGGGGUGGCAGCACAGCACCAAGUCCUGACCCAUGAGAUGUAGACGUCUGACCACCUGCAGAAACACACACACAGACACACACACACACGUGUGUAUAUAUAUAUAUAUAUAUAU